AGUUUCCAAAACAUAAGUGAAGUUAGAAGAACAAAAAAAUUGGAAUUAGCACUUAAAUCAAUUAAGUACGGUUUGUUUAACGUUUAAGUUCAUAAAUCAGGAAACGAUUAUAACCCUAAAAAAUUGCAGGCCAACCAAAUAAGAGGAGACCGUUUACCGUUUCGCCAUCAAGGAGUGACAGAAAGUGUGAUUUAAGGAGAAGAUAGUAUGAAUACGGGGGAUGAAGAGAACUUUGGAACUCCGACACAGAGAGAGAGAAAGAGAGAGCGAAAGAAAAAAAAGGAAGGGAAGAAAGUAGAAUAAAAAAAGCAACGGACAACAGAUACUCUAAAUCUCGCGUAUCCAGUCCUUUUCAAAGAAUCACCUCAUGCCUGUUGCACUGCGUGGUUAACUCACGUUGAUACCCAUGCGCUCAUUUUUAACGGAUAAUAUUCACUUGCGAUGAAGCGUUAAAAGGAUUUAAUAUUUGAUUGAUUACGAACGGCUACUGGAUGUUAAACUAUUGCUUCUGUGGAAUUAUUAAUUGCAUCGCUUUAUUCUUUUUUAAAGCUUUCAUCUUGCUGGUUCGUGAACUUUGAUUCCUUAUACAAAUCUAUUAAGAACUUUUUUUAAUGAAGUAGUUAGCGCAUAGGAUCAGUUCCAUUUUUUUUGUUUCGUUUUUUAAAUAUUAUCGCAAUAAUGACCUUGGAUGAAUUGCAUGUUAAAUAUGCAAAUUCUGUUUUGAAAAAUAAAGAAGUUGACUAUACUGAUAGAGUGAAUCAAUCUAGCUACAGGCUGCAAGAUUGUUUAACUGGAAUGGAUAACAAUAACAAGUUACCUUCCUGUGCGGAAAUAACAACUCCAGGUAAUGACAGGAAUAACUUAUAUAGGAUGUUUAGCAAUGUUUUCCAGAGACCCUCAGAUCAGUGCUUUAAGCCUGGACAAUUCGACUAUGCUUCGGACAUGUAUACAAAUCCUUCAUAUCAAGCUGAAACGGUAGAAAAAAGGUACAGAGAUGGUUUAAAACCAGGAAUAUCACCCGAAUAUAAGAGAGACGCUUACGAAGCGAGUUCUGAAAUCACCGUUGGACAAUCAAACCCAAGAAAUGACAAUCCCAUGCAAACGUUUGCUGUUAAAGAAGAGGUGUGUUCAGAAGAUAAUGAAAGACUUGUGGCCUCUCCUGACAAAGCAGAAGAUGACAGUUUGGACAGAACUCUGAGUAAAAACGAUGACUGCAGCUCUCCAAAGAAAUCAGGUGCUGGCAUGCGUAAACAAGAAAAACCACCGUUUUCAUACAUCGCUUUAAUAGUGAUGGCCAUUCAAAGCUCACCGACAAUGCGCUUGACAUUAAAUGAAAUUUACGAGUAUUUACAAUCGCGAUUUGAAUUUUUUCGUGGAGAAUACAAAGGUUGGAAAAACUCGGUGCGUCAUAAUUUAUCACUUAAUGACUGUUUCAUUAAGCUUCCUAAAGGUGUUGGAAGGCCAGGAAAAGGACAUUACUGGACUGUCGACCCAGCCAGUGUUACUGUAUUUCAAGAUGGAUCAUCCAAAAGGAGACCUAGAGGUUUUAAACGUAGGUGUCAACUUACUGAUUUGCAGAGAUUCCCUAUGUGUUACCCUGGUGUCAACACUUCAUCUGUCAUAGGAUAUGACAUGAUGAACCAGCCAAAUAUGACAUGUGGACCUUUGCAAUCAACUACUUUGGCUAACCUGUUGCAAUACCCAAAUGAAUCUAGUGAGUUUUUGGGUAAAAUGAAUGCUCGUCAGCCUGUUCGGAGGAAAUGUGCUGUCCCAUUUCACCCUUAUUAUUAUCAGAACUCUUCUGGCACUAUGAUUGGUUAUGACUCUAUUAAUCAAACAAGUUCUAACAUGGCAGGUAGUACAGGUGCUAACAUAUCAGGCCUGCAAUCAUACUUAGCAUCCACAGAUCAAAUGAUGGCACAAUCUAUAGCUCAAACUCAGCAACAUUAUAAUUACAGUUUAACAAACAAUUGUACGUCAAUCGGUGGAAUGCCAAACGGUCAUUACAUGGCCAGCUGCGCUGUUUCUAGUUCCGCCGUACUUGGGCCGACAUCUCCAUCGGCGGCGGUGACGACCGAUUUUGGUGGAGUAGCUACAACGGUUCCACCAGCGAUAGCCUACGGUGGGAAUAUGCCUGACCAGUUGAAUUCCGUUGCGGGAGAAUGGACUACUAUGAUGAAUGCAUCUGUCGCGGUAGAUCCUUCUUACAUGAAGCAAUCACCGUUGAGUCCAGCAAGUAGUGCAACUGGUUCAAUUUCUCCAAAUGGUGCACCCAAUACACCUGUGACCUCCGAAACUGUAAACUAUCCUCAAACAGGCUCAGAACAGGUCUGUCAAAGACUUAUGAACAAUAAUUCUUCAGAUUUGCAAGUUCCAGGUACUGUUUCUCCUGUCAGUCAAUGGCCAAUGCGACUUCAAUCAACAAUGACGUCACCACAAUGUGAACGCACUCCUUAUCCCAUGAAUGUGAGUCAUCCAACCACAAGCUCUCCACCGCAAAAUAAUAAUGUUAGUCUUCCUUCUAUAUCAUCAUUAUGUAACUCUUUAUCGUCCAAUAACAUACCUGUUACGCAAGAUACCGGUUACUCAGACAACAAGUACUUUUUGUGCUCUGGAGGAAGUAGUACUUUUGCUCAAUAAAAAAAUUGGUAUUUUUAAAGAGAAUGUACAAACUUUUCACAUAAUAGUAUGAUUGUAAAUGACAGAAAAAAUUGAUAAAACUUAUUUGAAUUGUUUGCUCUCGUAAGUUUUUUGCAAAUAGUGCUCUUUAACACUUAUAAUGUUCUUCAAGUAAUGUUAGAGAUAAUCAAAUCCAGUAUAAAUUGUAAAUGGUUUUUCAAGAAUUAAUUGUAAUCAUUCAAAAAUUAGCACUCAUUUAUUUUUUGCUUUUUAUUGUAAAAAAAUAGUGAAUAUUAUGUGAAUAACAAAAUUAGUGAAAGUGUUGAUUAAAUAAUUUAAUUGCUUAAUUUAAAGAGUUUUAAAAAUAAUUGUUUUGAAAAGAACGCAUUUAUUAUUUAUAAUAAACAAAGGCUUUUGGCAAAAAUCAAAUAUUUAUAUGUUAUUCAUAUUUAUGAUGUUAGAAUUUAAGCAUUAUAAUCGGAUUUUUUUAAAAAAUAGAAUUGAAUUGAAAUUAAUUGAUGUAUAAUAAAGAAAUUAAAUUUAUAAUAAUUAUUAAUAAAAUAUGUAUCGAUUGAUUUAGCUGUUAAAAUAUCGAAAACUGUAGUAGCACAAUACUUUUUCAUAGAUAAGCAUCAUAAUGUUUUUUCUAAAUCUAUCAAAUAUAUACUUUCAAAUAGUACUAUAUUUGUUUAUUUAUUAACUUUCACACAGUGUCCAUUGCAACUAUAGCUUUUUUUAUUCGAGUUGGAUUCUUACUAGAAUUGAUAAAUAAUGUAAAAUAUAAAAAAGAAAGCUUGAAAAAAUUUACCCUUUUUUAAAAAAUAAUAAAAUUAUUUUUUUAAUAUUCAAUGACGUCCCAUUGGCAUAAGAAGGUUAUAUAAUAUUGUGAUUGAUUUUGUUAAAUUUGUGUUAUUAGACUUAAUAAAUUAAUCCAAAGAAGAGAAAUUAUGAGGUCCCAUUUAAACUGAAAUCAAAUAUUUCUGUCAAGUGUGAGAGAAAAUACAUUAAAAAAUACAGAAAAUUUAUUGAAUCUUGUAUUGUUUGUUUACCAAAUAUUUUCAAUGAAACUUUCGAAAUUUAAGCAGGAUUUUUUGAUAAUUUUUGUAUUUUGGAAAAAUACGCACAUGCAUUUUGAAAAAUGUAUAUUCAUAUAUAAAUGGGAAAGAGGGGUAAUACAGUAUAGCUAAGAACAAUUUUUAGUUGAGUACAAUAUAUUAUUCAUGAAAAGUCAUUGCUGUAAUACUUUUUUCCAUAAAGGUUUUUUUCUAGAAAAAGUCAAAUCACCUGGUUUUAACCCAUUCGUGAGGCAAAACCAGGUACACAUAUCACGGGAAAUUUAGAAAUGCUAAAAACUCAGUGAAAGGUUGCAGACAUAUCUAUUUUAUAUGACAUUUUAAGAAACUUAUGCAUGAAAUUUACAUGUGAUGCAGUCAAGGCUGUACUGAAGGAAAGAAGAAAAGGGGCACCAAUUCUCCCGGAGCCAAGAACUACUGAGGGCCCAACUAAAAUUCUCUAAAAAACAUGGCACUCAUAAUUUUUUUUAAAGAAAAAGAAAACUGUGGAAAAUUUCUUCAUACCUAUAUAAAAACUACGAAUUUGUUUAAAAAGCCCUAAAAACUUCUACUAAAUAUGAAAAUAAAUCUUUUCGAAAUAAGGGCCCGCAAUAAACUUUGUCCUGAGGCCCGUAAAACCUUUGUCCAUCCUUGAAGGUAAAUGUCUUCUUCCUCCGUUCGCGGACCUGGCAUAGACACGCAUCGAAGGAGUACCAGGUCUAACCCAGAGAGCAGAGGUUAUAGAAACGAAACAAAACCUAGCUACAAUUAAACGGAAUACUUUUUGUUUUUUAGAUUAUAAAUCUUUAGUAAACAGAUAAAAAGCUGAAGUGAAAUUUUUUUUUAUAUCUCUAAUGAUCGAUAAAUAAGGAUAGAUUGAAAACAAGAGAACAUUUGAAAGUUGACAGAGUAAAACGAAUUGAACAUCGAACAUUUUAGAAUUGACAUACUGAAUUCUGGAUAACAAAACCAAAAUAUACGAUAUUUAAACCAUUUAUUUGGUAAUUUUUCAGUUCAUAUAGUUUCAAUUUACCAGAAAUUCUGGUUUGCAGAACUAUUAUUCUAAUUACGAUCCAUUUAGUAAAAAUACAAAAAAAAAAAAAAAUUUUAAACCCAAUAAAUGGUUAUUUAUGCCAUGUUCUAAAGUAUCAUGAAGAAAAUACCAAAUUUUGUCUCACUUAUUACCAAAAAGCAUGGUAAUACAACGAUGUUUUAUUGUUAAUUCACCAAAAAAACACUUCUGAGGUCUUUGGUAAAAAUUACUGAGCUUUUUGGUGUUCCUAUAGAACCAGAAAGAAGAUAAAUCUAAAAGGUUCUUGUAUCAGAAAUGUAUUUUUUUAAAUCUUCCAAUAUUUGUUAAGAUCUAUUCUACAAUUUUUUUUAAAAUUUACUGUGCAUUUAUAAUGUUUUUAACAAUUGUUAUCCAAUCAAAAAUGCACGAUGAAUGUACGAUCUUGUUAAAUAGUAUAGUGUCUUAAAUUAAAAAACUUUUUUUUCUAUCGCCAAUUUGUUUUUAAUUUUUUGUUUAGGCAAUGUAUGAUUAUUGAUAUUUAUUUACGUGUGAAAUAUUUAUUUUUAUUGUUUGACAAAGAAUUUAGAUCUCAAAACUAUUACUUUCAAAGUAUUUAUGAAUACACAUCUAUGAACAAAGAGCUAUAGAUGCAUUUAUCUACAUAAAAUUAUAAUGACUGUAAAGAUUCUUCGUUUAUUUGUUUUGUGUAAUACUUGCCUAAGUUAUAUUACUUCUAUUAAUAAGGCUUUUAAAUGUAGUAAUAUUGUACAGAUUUGACUAUUUUAUUGAUGUUGAAUGUUGUUUUUAUUCAUAAUUUUAUGUUCUCCACUUAAUGUUUGUUGUAAUAGUAUUUUGUGUACUACUUGUGACAUGUUUUGGUAAGUAAAUAAAAUUGUCUUACAAAAUAA